GCCAGUAGAUAUCUCUCUCCAUUCGGAAUACGAGUUUACAAACAUGUGAUUAUCAAUUAUUUGGGCUCACUAUUUGGAAAAGAAUCUCUAUAAAUUGCAGUAAAUUUUUUGACCAACAAGCAUCAAAACAAGUCCAUAGCGCAGUCCCAAGUCUAAUCUAAACAUAACUUGCAGCCUAUAGAGAAAAUAAUGAAGAACCAAGCUGUUUUUUUCUUUUGUUUGGUAUUUUUAGCUCAUACUGGAGAAUCAAUGAGGUAUAGACUUAUCAAUGAGUUGGAAGUUGCAGCUUCAGCUAAUGAUGUAUGGGCUCUUUUUGCCUCAAACGACGCCCCAAAACUCUUGGUGCAACUACUUCCAGGAGUGUUUGAAAGAAUAGAGAUUCUUGAAGGCGACGGUGGUGAAGGCAGCAUUCUUCGCAUUGUAUACCCUGCUGCUUAUCCAAAGGCCAUCAACAACAAGAGGCCGAAGCAAGGGAAGCAUGAAACACAAUGUGGAAGUGAUUAAUUGUACAAAUUGCAAAAAAAAAUUGAGACAGUAAUUUUGACAAGGUAGAUAGACCUGAAAACUUCUCAAGGAGGUACAUGAACUGCAGACUAAUGUUUACCAAUGUUCUAUUUGAAAUUAUACUAUGUGCCUGGUGCCUGCUGUACACUAAACUAGCAUAGGGGGAAAAGUUUAACUAAAUGUAUGGGGUAAAGCCCCUGUGACAAUUCAUUAAAAUCCAGAAAAAAAACUAUUCAUUAGAUGUAUAAAAUGAAACCCUUCUGGUGUAAGUUCGCACCCGCGUGCUUCAAGAAGGGUCAAGGACUGUGCUCACCCUAGAAAGCCAAUACCUGUUAUAUUGCUACAGUGAUCAAUAUUAGGCGAACUCAGUUCAUAACAACAUUCCAAGUAAACCCAUUUGAGUUUUCAAUCUGAUUUACAAUGUGAAACAGAUGGUUUGAAUGGAUGAAUUGAGCAGUUGAGAAAAAAUGUACGAGUCUACUUGAUGCA